CUCGGUGGUGACUUCCGACCUAGCACUCGCGUCCGGAUUUAGUCUGGGUUAUUGGAUUUCUUUCGAUCAGUCAAAAGCUUGUGAAUUAUAAAGAGAAUGUGAUGUUUUCGUCGUUUGCAGAGCUUUUGUUGAUUUUUUAAUAGACGUGUAUAUAGGUUAUAAAUUUAGUAUGAGUAUGAAUAUUCGUGUGUAUAAUAUAAUAUGAGUUUAGAUAUUACAGUUUGUACCUACUAAUGAGGCUAAAAAAAAGUCCUCUGCAGUUCUCCUUCCCCCGCCGUGAGGAGCCAAGAAAGGGGAGCGUAGAGCAGCAUCCAUGGCAGGCGAGGAGACUGGGAGGAGAGGGGUUCCCUCUCUGCUGAGGCCAUCUUCCUCUUCCAGCGAAGGUGAUGUUGCGCAGCAGGAGCAUAUCGCCUCUGAUGUCACGCAGCUCAUAGGAUGGACACCUCUGAUCGAGCUCAAGCGAAUCACCAGCAAGGAUGGAGUAGAUGCCCGGAUCGUCGGCAAGAUCGAGGCUUAUCAGCCUCUUUGCUCCGUUAAGGAUCGCAGCGCUUUGAGAAUGAUAGAAGAUGCAGAGGAGAGGGGGUUGAUUUCACCUGGUGUCACAACACUCGUCGAACCGACAAGCGGUAACUUGGGGUUAGGAUUGGUUCUCAUUGCUCUUCGCAAAGGCUACAGGUUCGUUGCAGUUAUGCCAGGUCAAUAUUCCCUUGAUAAGCAGAUCCUGUUGAGAUACAUGGGUGCUGAGUUGUAUUUAACAGAUCCAGCCCUUGGGUUUCCGGGCAUAACUGACAAGGUUGAACAGCUCAAAAAAGAAUUGCCCAAUGUACAUGUUCUUGAUCAAUUCUCGAACAAAGCAAAUCCUGAAGCACAUAUCAGAUGGACUGGACCUGAGAUUUGGAAGGAUACUGCUGGCAAGGUGGACAUAUUUGUGGCUGGUUCAGGUUCAGGAGGUACAGUAUCUGGUGUAGGAAAGUAUCUGAAGAUGCAAAACCCAGGUGUCAAGAUUAUCUGUGUUGAGCCUGCUGAGAGUCCUGUCAUUUCAGGUGGCGAACCAGGCAAACAUAAAAUCCAGGGAAUAGGGCCAGGAUUUCUACCUGAAGCCCUGGACACCUCAGUUAUCGAUGAGGCUGUCACGGUGACCACUGAGGAGGCAAUGGCAAACGCGAGGAGGCUAGCGAAGGAAGAGGGCCUUCUUGUGGGCAUAUCUUCUGGUGCAAACUUGGCAGCUUGCUUGAAGGUCGCGUCAAGAGAAGAAAACAAGGGGAAGAUGAUUGUCACCAUGUUCCCAAGCGGCGGUGAGAGAUACAUGAACUCCGACCUAUUUGCAGCUGUAAGAGAGGAGUGUAUUGCCUUGACAUUUUGAUCUCAUCACUCAUUCAGAACAGUUCUAUCGUCCACGUAAAAGUCGACAUAGGCUGAAUUUAUAUUGUUCAAUAAAUUUAUAUGAACUAACUAGAGGGUAAUGUGUCCCAUAUUUAUUUAAAAAAAACUUGAUUGUAUGAUUUGCUGAACUAUUAUAGUACGAACAACUAUAUCGUCUUUAAA